AUGGCAAGCACCAUCUCAGGCGCCGACGUCUAUGGACCUGGGUCAUGGAUCGAUCAUGAUGCCCCAGCCGUCCCCGAGGAUGCGCUCCGGCUUUUUGAAUCACUGGCGGCAGUGACCCCAGGCUUCACACAAGAUGAAGCAUUAUGGAAAUCUGUUUCCUUCGAAGGCUCACCUCAGACCAUCGCACCCGGCCCCCUCAAGUCUCCCGUCAUUGCUGCGGCACUACACGCCAUGUGCGGGGUGGUUGCCAACGAGCUCCUGGCCCUCCGAGAUGGCGGCAGUCCUAUCCGCCAUGUUAGUAUCAACACAGACCAUGCCGCGUUCUGGCUUGGAUGCGUCGGGAUGGCCAGGCGCAACGGGUCAACCGUCCGAGAGUUGGCUAAACGGGGCGAGCUCGCAGACAUCUUCUCCAAGGACCUGGAGAAGGGCACGUUUGCAACGCCUUUGAGACUCCGCGCAACAGCCAACUACCCGACCAAAGAGGAGGGACUCUGGUACCAGCUCCAUGGGUCGCUCGAUGCGGGCCCCGUGCUGCGAGCCGUUGGUCUGGAUCCAGACACCCCUUGCAACGGGCUCGACGAAGCCUACAAACUAAUCGGCGAUCACGUGCGGAAGUUUGGCGCUCACGAGUUGGAAUCCAUCAACAUUGAGCGUGGCCUCUGUGGAAGCAUCUGCUAUACUCCGGAAUCAUGGAGGCAGACGCGGAUGAGCAGAGAUCUCUCCAAACACCCUUUGGUGAACUACAAGCUGCAGUCCCAUGCCAUCCCCACUCCCCCGAUCCCUUUGACCUCCGGGUCCGACAGACGACCUUUGGCUGGAAUCAAAGUUGUGGAAAUCGUGCGGAUCAUUGCAGGCCCAGUGAUUGGAACCACCUUGGCAGCAUUGGGAGCCGACGUCAUUCGAAUCAACUGUAGCAGGCUGCCUGACUUCAAUUCAUUGCAACUCACGCUCAACGCUGGAGUUCGCACGUUGGACAUUGACUUUGACAAAGAGGACGAACUCCAGCACCUGCUUAGUCUCAUCCAGGACGCCGACAUCUUCGUCCAAGGAUAUCGCUCGGGGUCUCUAGCCAGGAGAGGAAUGGGCCUCCACGACCUCUUGGAGAUGGCCGGAAAACGUGGCAAAGGUAUCGUCUACGUCGAGGAAAAUUGCUACGGGCCAGACGGCCCCAUGCACGAGCGUCCAGGCUGGCAGCAGGUGGCAGACGCCGCAUCUGGAUGUUCGUAUGUCAUAGGAAGAAGUCUAGGUUACACCGACGGCACUUGCGUGUUACCGGCUCUCCCCGUCCCUGACAUGUUGACCGGUUUGAUUGGGGCUGUUGGGGCUAUGAUGGCCAUUGGAGACCGUGCCCGUCAGGGAGGCUCCUAUCACGUCUUCGCUUCGCUCAUGGCGGCCGCCGCUUUGCCCUUGCAGCCGGAUGUUGGUCUGUACUCUCCCGAAGCUGUGAAGCAGUGUAAUGACAGGUUUCAAUGGGGGAAGACUGGUCCGGACCUGUUCGUCCUUGAGCUGCUGGAUGUGGCGCUCCAGGGAUGGGUCAAUGUGUUUCCUGAGCACUUCGGGCCGGCAUCAUCAUGGUUCACUCAACUGAAAGGAGUAAUCGGUGCUAGGGAUGGUACUCUAGCGAUAAUGGUCGGUGGCGAUAGGAAAUCUUUCGAACGAGCAGUUCCUUAUCUCCAGCCUAUGGCCAAAAAGGUUACAUAUUGCGGCGACCUUGGUGCUGGUCUUGCAGCCAAGAUAUCCAACAACCUCUUGCUAGGGAUCACUAUGCUGGGUCUAAGUGAGGCCAUGUUACUGGGCAAGAGGCUGGGUGUUGAUCCCCAAGUGCUCGCAGACAUCAUCAACACUUCAACGGGGAGAUGUUGGUCCAGUGAGAUUAACCACCCUGUCCCCGAAGUCAAGGUAGGAGAUACAAGCCCUCCGGCCCAUCGCCAAUACGCGGGAGGUUUCGUCACCAGAUUAGCGCACAAGGACCUGGCCUUGGCCGUGAAGGCUGCUGUUGAAGUGAACGCGCCACUGCCUCUUGGAAAAUGCGUCGAGGAGGUCUAUCGACCUCUUGCUGAAAUGAAGGAAUGGGGAAGUCGCGACUUCAGUGUUGUCUAUGAGGCACUCGGCGAGGCGCUUGUCGGUCAUGACACUAAGAAGGUCGAGUUGUGA